UUUAGCCUAGCAGGAAACACCGAGGCUACCGCCGCAGCGGUGGAAAAAGAAAGACCAGUUUUUAGUUCUAAACCGGUGCACAGACGUGAUAUUUCCUCGGCAAACACGCUGUCGCUUGGAUCCUGUGAGUACUCGCCUUCGGUCUGGUCACAUUUUCCCCGACUUUGUAUGAGGAGAGAAUUCCUAGCCAACUAAAACACCGGACACUGGCCGGAGGAGGAAUCUUAUCCAGCGUCUGUAAACGGUGGACAUCGGCUGAGCAACGGCCGUUUUGAAUCAGCGUGCGUCAGUGGGCCCGCAGGCUCCACGGUGGUGCUGAGACGAGAUGAAGAGGUUCAGGCGACAUGGCCAGGAGUCCCAGAGAGAUCGACUCAAACAGGAACUCUUCCAGUUCAACAAGACAGUGGAGCAUGGAUUCCCCCACCAGCCCAGCGCCCUGAGCUACAGUCCCUCCCUGCAGCUGCUGGCCAUCGGCACCCGCUCCGGUGCCAUCAAACUGUAUGGAGCUCCAGGUGUGGAGUUCAUGGGUCUACAUGAUGAGAAUGCUGCCGUCACACAGGUGCACUUCCUCCCCCACCAGGUUGAACUGGUUACUCUGCUGGAUGACAACAGUCUGCACAUGUGGACUUUAAGAGCCCACAAGGGACUCUCUGAACUUCUGGAGAUAGGACGUUUCACUCUCACCGGACCACCUGGUGCCCCUCCGAGUGUGACCAGAGUGACAGCAGUGCUGGCUCACUCCUUAGGGGAGCUGCUGCUGCUGGGGACAGAAGGAGGACACGUCUUCAUUGUUGAAGUCCCGGGCUUCAGAGAGCUGGAAGAGAGAAACAUCAGUCUCGAUCAAGUCGCCAGCAGUGUACCGGACGACUACAUCGGCCGCAGGAAUCUGGAACACGUAGAGGCCUUACAGGAGAACCCAGUAAACCCAAACCAGGUCGUUAUUGGCUACGGACGAGGUCUCAUGGUUAUCUGGGAUCUGGAGAAACAUCAUGCCCUCCAGCACAUCCCUGCCACACAGCAACUGGAGAGUGUGUGGUGGACAGAGGACGGAGGCUACAUUCUCAGUUCACACAGUGACGGAAGUUACUGUCGAUGGAUGGUGGGUGGAGAGGACGUGAGUGACGAGGAGGAGAAAUCAGACAUUCCUUACGGACAUUUCCCCUGCAAGGCCAUUUCUAAAAUAGUUCAGCUACCUACAGCAGAAGGGCCUCCAUUCCUGCUAUUCAGUGGUGGCAUGCCUAGGGCCAGCUACGGGGACAGACACUGUAUCACAGUGAUCCACAGUAAAACUCACGUGGCUCUGGACUUCACCUCCAGGAUCAUUGACUUCUUCGUCAUCAGAGAUGGACCUCAGCACACAGGAGAUCCCAGUGCGCUGGUGGUCCUGGUCGAGGAGGAGCUGGUAGUGAUUGACCUGCAGACAGCGGGCUGGCCAGUCAUUCAGACACCGUACCUGGUUCCCCUCCACAGCUCAGCCAUCACCUGCUCCCACCACGUCUCCGCUAUCCCCCUCAAACUGUGGGAGAGGGUCAUCGCUGCUGGAGACCUGCAGAAGACGCACUACUCCAAAAAGCCAUGGCCAAUAACAGGAGGCCAGAACCUGGCCCCAGACCCUCCACAGAGAGACCUGCUGCUCACAGGGCAUGAAGAUGGGACAGUGCGUUUCUGGGAUGCAUCAGGAGUCUGUCUGUAUCCCAUAUAUAAGUUAAGCACAGCUGGAGUGUUCCACACAGACGCUGACCCCAAUGACAACAUGAACCAAGGCACUGAAGGAGAGUGGCCGCCAUUCAGAAAGGUUGGCUGUUUUGAUCCCUACAGUGACGACCCGAGGCUCGGCAUUCAGAAGAUCCACCUCUGUAAAUACAGUGGUUAUCUGACUGUGGCUGGCACUGCUGGACAGAUCCUGGUGCUAGAGCUGAAUGAUGAGGCCGCAGAGCAGACGGUGGAGGCUAAAGUUGUGGAUUUGCUGCAGGGCCAAGAGGGCUUCCGCUGGAAGGGCCACACACGGCUGGAGGUGCGAGAGGAACCGGUGCUUUUUCCUGCUGGCUUCCAGCCUUUUUCUCUGGUCCAGUGCCAACCUCCCGCUGUGGUCACCGCCCUCACCCUGCACUCAGAGUGGAAGCUGGUAGCUUUUGGCACCAGCCACGGCUUUGGCCUAUACGAUUACCAACAGAAAAACAACGUCCUCAUCAAGUGCACCCUAAACCCCAGUGACCAGCUGGCAAUGGAGGGUCCUCUGUCCAGGGUGAAGAGCAUAAAGAAAUCCCUCCGACAGUCCUUCAGGAGAAUCAGACGCAGCAGAGUUUCGCUAAGGAAACAUCACGUCAACAACGCUGCCAAGCUCCAGGAGGCGAAUGCUCGUCUGGAGGCUGAACUGGCAGAGAUGGAGCUGGCUCCUGUCCAGAGGAAGAUCGAGGCUCGCUCCUCAGACGACUCCUUCACCGGUCUUGUAAGGACGCUCUACUUCGCUGACACCUUCCUCUCAGACAGUUCACAUAACACACCCUCCCUAUGGGCAGGGACCAAUGGCGGCUGCGUGUUUGCAUACAUGCUCCGCCUUCCUCCUGUAGAGCACAGAGCAGACGAACCAGUGACAGCACAGCCAGCGAAGGAGAUCCAGCUGAUGCACCGGGCUCCCGUUGUUGGCAUCGUGGUGCUGGACGGUCACGGGGCUCCUCUCCCUGAGCCCUUGGAGGUGGCCCACGACCUGGCUCGCUCACCUGACAUGCAGGGCUCACACCACCUCCUGGUCAUAUCUGAGGAACAGUUUAAGGUUUUCACCCUGCCAAAGGUGAGCGCGAAGAUGAAGCUGAAGCUGACGGCCACGGAUGGCUCCAGAGUGCGGAGGGUAGGCGUCGCCUGGUUUGGCAGCAGCCGGUCGGAGGACUACGGUGAGAGCGGCCUGGCGGUUCUGACCAAUCAAGGCGACCUCCACGUGGUGUCGCUGCCGACAGUCAAGAUGCAAGUUCAGUACCCCUGCAUCCGCCGAGAGGAUGUCAGCGGCAUCGCUUCCUGUGUCUUCACCAAGCACGGCCAGGGCUUCUACCUGAUCUCCCCAUCUGAAUUUGAACGCUUCUCCCUGUCCACCCGCUACGUGGUGGAGCCUCGCUGUCUGGUGGAGGUCCCUCUUCGUUCAGGCUCCUCCAGCCAGCACAGGUCACAGCCUGACGGCGCUUCAUCUGCUCACAGAAACACCAGACAAGACGGAGAGGAUGCAGAAAGUGCAGCUAGACGUGUUAUGGAGCAUGCUUUGCUGAAUGACGAGAAAGUGCUUCAAGAGAUCCAGAAGUCACUAGAAGGAGACCAGACGUCAUUCUUGGAGAAUAAUGUGAAGAGCGCUGUAGCUUGAGACACAUCUCUGGACAGCUGAGGUGUGAGACCAAGACAUGUGUAUGAAGUGUCCUGCAGUCCCGUAGCAGCACUCGCCUCCUGCUCGGCUGACACAACCACUACUGACCCCUGACCCCUCGCCUCAGUGACUGACCUCCCCACCCUCAGCUCGCAGCAGCCCCUCAUAGAGAGACACCAAAGGGCUCUUGGCAGUAGUGCUUUCUGAGCACCAUGAGGCCGUUUGAAGGCUCACUCACGGUGCAGACAGAGGGUGAAGGAAGAGACGCCACCUGUGCCUAAAGACCACACGCUGUACACAAGUCACCCGAGCACGGUCGCAGCCAUUUAACCCAAAGCUACAUGAAGCACAUUCCUGACAUGUGACCAACGCCAUAAUUCAUUACACUAAGAUCGGUGCCAGCAUCCAACCAGCAUCUCACACCUGCCGUCAAUACCACUGCUGAAGCCGUUUGACUUAAACAUCAACCACACCCACUUCAUUCUGAAAGCCUUUAUCACCGCCAGCCUUCUCAUGUGGAUUCUGCCAGUGGAAGCGGUUCGUCCAAUCAGCUCGCUCUCCGCUGCGCAGUCUCACUGGCCUUCAUCUCCCCGCAUGGACAUACAGCUGGAAGGAAUGUGGGGGAUGAUUCGACUAAUGUGGAUGAAAAUAUUUUGUAUCUCAAGUUUUCUGUGAUUUGUGGCUUUUUUGUUUUUGUUUUAAGAAACCUCAGAUUUGUACUGUGGAAGCAAAUUUCUGCCAGGAAAAGAAAAGCUGGAUGAAAACUUAAAAAUGAUUUAAAAAAAAAAAACCUCAUGGUCAAAAUUAUGUGAUAGUAAAGUCGAAAAUUACUGAGCUUUCUCGUGAUUUACCAGGAUACCAAGGUAUCAUCACUUAUACUCAAGUGUUUUGUUCUGUUUUACUUUGUUUGACACAAGCCAUUUUUUUACUAUUGCAUAAUUUUGACCUCAAAAAUGUGCUAUUUCUCAAUCUUACUUUGCUAAGUCAGAGCCUUGAUUUAGCAUAAAUCUUUUUAUUUUUGCCAUUCCUUACGUGUUGUUCUUCAUUUUUUUUGUGUAAAUGAGCUUCCACACUAUUCAGAUGAACCAUCAAGGGAAAAUGUCACCGGUGAUGCCCCAGAAGAGGAAAAAAAAUGUUUUUAUGUACGUUCAACCACACGGAUGUUAACUUGUUUUUAAUUUUCAGUCAACAUUUACUAAAUUAGUAAAAGCAUUACAAAGUGUACAGCGCUGACACGGCCCCGCCCCUCCCGUCCACUCUGUAACUAUGGAACCGGCCGUCGGUACUUCUCCACUACUGCGGAGCACACAAUGCUGUACUUUUUUUGGGGGGAACAGCUUUCUAUGGGGUUUGGUUUUUAAUUAUUUUUACGUACACCGUUUUUUAUGCCAGCAAUGAGUAAUGUAAUUUAGAAAUGUAAUUGUAAGCUAUUGUAGUGAAAUGUUUUUAAUAUAUACAGUAUGUAUGUGACUCAGUCUGUACCUGUGGGCCUGUUGUAACGGGGUUGGCUGCUAUUUAGCUCGUACAAGGAAAUAUUUUGGUACUGUGUCUCAGAAUGCUGGGUAUUUUAGUGUCAGCCUAGAAUAUAUUUUUGUAGUGAACUGAUUAAGAAGCGUAAUUUUUUUUUUUGAUUUGUCACUUCACACUACAGUUUUCUUGUGUAUAAUUAUUACAUGUUUUUUUUUCC